AUGUCUAAAUUGAUAACUAUCUUCGGUGCCACCGGCAACCAGGGAGGCUCCGUCAUCAAUGCGAUUCUCGCCGAUGCUCAGCUCUCGAGGGAAUUCAAGAUCCGGGGUAUCACUCGCGACAUCAGCAAGAAAUCAGCCCAAGAUCUGGUCAAGCGAGGUGUCGAUGUUGUCUCGGCGGAUCUGAGCUCCAUCGAGUCACUCACCGUUUCUCUGAAGGGCUCACACACGGUUUUCCUUGUCACCAACUACUGGGAGACAAUGGAUGCCAACGUGGAGUAUGCCCAGGGUAAAAACGUUGCUGAUGUCUCCAAGGCUGUUGGAGUUUCCCAUUUGAUCUUCUCAUCACUCCAUCACGUCAUCGAAGAGACCAAGGGCCGUCUCACUCAUGUUCCGCAUUUCGAUAGCAAGGCCAAUGUUGAAAAGUACAUUAGGGCUUCGGGGGUUGGAUGUAGCUUUGUCCUUCCUGGGUAUUAUAUGAGCAACUUCACGCAGAUGCUCAACCGUGCCGAGGAUGGGACAUACCAACUCUUCUACCCUGUUGGAAACCAGGCUCUGUUCCCUCUGUUUGAUGCUGUUCAGGAUACCGGUCUCUUCGUGAAGGCCGCUCUUAAGCACGGCGACAAAUUGAACAACAAGCAGAUUCUAGCUGCCGCCAAGUAUUACACUCCUGAGGAUAUUGUGGAAACCUUUUCCAAGGUAUCCGGCAAACAGGCUGUGUUUAUUCAGGUUUCUCCUGAGCAGUACGAAGCUUCUUUUCCUCCUGCUGUUGCCAAGGAGUAUCUCGAGAAUCAGUUGUUUGUCGAAGAUCCAGGCUACUAUCUCGGGGAGCCUCUCGAGCCCAGUCUCAAUCUUCUCGACUCCACGCCUAUUACUUGGGCUGAGUUCGUUAAAAAUAAUAUUUCUGUUUGGAAAUGA